AUGAGGGCAAUUUACUUGAGCUCUAUACGACGUGCAAACGUCAGAUCUCAAUAUGUGUUAAUGGAAUUGGUGGAGACGGAAAAGGAUUAUGUAAGAGAUCUGUCGUCAGUGGUAGACGGUUAUAUAGCGAAUCUCGAGCGAAUGGAAUUACCAGCGGAUCUUGUUGGAAAGGACAAAAUCAUAUUCGCAAAUAUCGCACAGAUUUUGGAGUUUCAUAAAAAUUUUUUGAAGGAAAUUGAAAAGUGCCUUGAUAACUACGAAGUCGCUGGAAGUGCCUUUGUCAAAUAUGUGAGAAGACUGGAGACGAUGUAUGUGCGAUAUUGCCAGAACAAGCCAAAAUCAGAUUAUCUCGUUUCUCAGGAAGAUUUUGAACAGUUCUUCGCAGAAACGAAAGCGAAACUAGGACAUAAAGUGGCAUUGAGCGAUCUACUUAUCAAGCCUGUACAGCGUAUAAUGAAAUAUCAGCUACUUCUCAAGGAUAUUCUGAAGUUCACCGAAAGAGCCAAAGACAAGACGGAUAUGCUGAAGAAAGCGCUUGUGGUGAUGCAUGUGGUACCAAAAGCAUGCGAUGAUAUGAUGCAAGUUGGGCGACUUCAGAAUUUCGAUGGAAGCUUGAACGCUCAAGGAAAACUUCUCUAUCAAGGAACUCUUCCCAUUUCGGAUAGUCAAGGUGGAACAUCGCAGAAAUCCAAGGAUCGUCGUAUUUUCCUCUUUGAACAAUCAGUCAUUAUUGCUGAUCAUAUACCACCAAAGAAGGAAUUCGGCAAUCCAAUCUACAUAUUUAAAAAUCAAAUCAUGGUAAACAAAAUGCUGUUCGAGCCGUCGGUUCCUGAUGAUCCACUGAAGUUCAUCAUUCGCAGUUCGGAUCCAGCUCAACCGACAGCAUUUAUUGCUACUGCACAGACUCAAGAAGAGAAGAACGAAUGGGUUCGGUACAUCAGUGAACAACUUGAUCAACAGAAACGUAUGUUGGCGGCAUUGGUGGAUCCACGACGAUUUAUGGAUGAUUUGAGUGGAUCGAUGGCUGGCAUGGGAUUGUAA